GAGGCUGCUCCAGGGUCGCACUUCCGGCCAUCUCCCUGGGAGACGCGCAUUGUGAAGUCCGGAGCCGGCCGUGCCAGUUAGGGUCUCCGGCGACCGGGACCGCAGUGGCGGCCCCGCGGGCGGGAUGUUCCGGGGUUUGAGCAGUUGGUUUGGCUUGGAGCAGCCGGCGGCGGGUGGCCGGCAAUCUGAGGGAGACGCUCCACCCCAGCAGUGCUCUGAAGUGGUGUCCGAGUCUGCGGACGGGGAGCCGCGUCAAGCGGGGAACCAGGAACUCCUUCUUCACCAGGCGAAAGGCCUCGGCAACUAUCUCUUUAGCUUUGCAACUGCUGCUACAAAAAAGAUAACUGAAUCAGUUGCUGAAACAGCACAGACAAUAAAGAAAUCAGUAGAAGAAGGAAAGAUAGAUGACAUCAUUGAUAAGACAAUUAUAGGAGAUUUUCAGAAGGAACAGAAAAAAUUUGUUGAGGAACAGCAUACCAAAAAGUCAGAAGCAGCAGUGCCCCCAUGGGUUGAUAGUAAUGAUGAAGAAACAAUUCAACAACAAAUCCUGGCCUUAUCAGCUGACAAGAGGAAUUUCCUUCGUGACCCUCCAGCUGGAGUGCAGUUUCAUUUUGACUUUGACCAGAUGUAUCCCGUUGCCCUGGUCAUGCUUCAAGAGGACGAGCUGUUGAGCAGGAUGAGAUUCGCCCUUGUUCCUAAACUCGUGAAAGAAGAAGUGUUUUGGAGAAACUACUUUUACCGCGUCUCCCUGAUUAAGCAGUCAGCCCAGCUCACGGCCCUGGCCGCCCAGCAGCAGGCCUCCGGGAAGGAGGAGAAGAGCCGUGGCACCGAGGAAGACCUGCCGCUGACAGAGGCAGUACGGCCCAAAACGCCACCUGUCGUAAUCAAAUCUCAGCUUAAAACUCAAGAGGAUGAAGAGGAGAUUUCUACCAGCCCAGGGGUUGCUGAGUUUGUCAGCGACGCCUUUGAUGCCUGUAACUUAAAUCAGGAGGAUCUGAGGAAGGAAAUGGAGCAACUGGUUCUUAACAAAAAGGAGGAGGAGACAGCUGUUCUAGAAGAAGAUUCUGCAGAUUGGGAAAAAGAGCUACAACAAGAGCUUCAGGAAUAUGAAGUGGUGACAGAGUCAGAGAAACGAGAUGAAAACUGGGAUAAGGAAAUAGAAAAAAUGCUGCAGGAGGAAAAUUAGCUCUUUCCUGAAAUAAAAGAAUAAUGCUUAACAUUCUGUAACUGACAUUAAAUUCUAGAUGACAACACUUGCUGAAUCAGAAAGCACAAAAGAUGGGUAUAAUUUUGAAAUCCAAGAUUGUUCAUUUUUAGGCUGAAAUUUGCCUUUUUUGCUUUUAAAAAAAAGUAUAUAGAAAUAGUUAUCCUAAUAAUCAAAAAGGAUG